AUGCAAAUCAUGCUAAAUAUAACACCAAUUCUGACUGUGGGGCCAAAGACGUCUGUGUUCAUUGGAGAAACAGUUACUUUGACCUGUGAGAUUGAUCAGUCCACUGGAUGGGAGUUUAUCUUUACCAGACCUCCACACACUGAAUACCCUGAAUACUAUGAACCUACAGGAACUAAAACAAUCACAGCUGUGGGAGUCUCUGAUGGAGGAGAGUACAAGUGCAGAGCCAGAAAAGGAGAAAACCCUCAGGUUUACACACAAUACAGUGAACCAAUAACAGUGACAGUACAUGAUAUUCCCCAACCAACUCUCACUGUGGAGUCACAGAUGCCUGUGUUCAUUGGAGACUCAGUUACUCUGACCUGUGAGAUUGAUCAGUCCACUGAAUGGGAGUUUGUCUUUACCAGACCUCCACACACUGAAUACCCUGAAUACUAUGAACCUACAGGAGCUAAAACUAAAACAAUCAGAUCUGUGCGAGUCUCUGAUGGAGGAGAGUACAAGUGCAAAGCCAGAAGAAGAGAAAACCAUCAGAUUUACACAAAAUACAGUAAACAAAUAACAGUGAGAGUACAGAAUAUAACACCAAUUCUGACUGUGGGGCCAAAGACGUCUGUGUUCAUUGGAGAGACAUUUACUUUGACCUGUAAGAUUGAUCAGUCCACUGGAUGGGAGUUUAUCUUUACCAGACCUCCACACAAUCCAUACCCUGAAUACUAUGAAGCUACAGGAGCUAAAACUAAAACAAUCACAGCUGUGAGAGUCUCUGAUGGAGGAGAGUACAAGUGCAAAGCCAGAAGAAGAGAAAACCAUCAGAUUUACACACAAUACAGUAAACCAAUUACAGUGACAGUAAAGGAUAUUCCCCAACCAACUCUGACGUUGCAGCAACAGACGUCUGUGUUCAUUGGAGACUCAGUUACUUUGACCUGUGAGAUUGAUCAGUCCACUGGAUGGGAGUUUGUCUUUACCAGAUCUCCACACACUUCAUACCCUGAAUACUAUGAACCCACAGGAACUAAAACUAAAACAAUCAGAUCUGUGCAAGUCUCUGAUGGAGGAGAGUACAAGUGCAAAGCCAGAAGAAGAAAAAACCAUCAGAUUUACACACAAUACAGUAAACCAAUAACAGUGACAGUACAGGAUAUAACACCAACUCUGACUGUGCAGCCACAGACGUCUGUGUUCAUUGGAGAAACAGUUACUUUGACCUGUGAGAUUGAUCAGUCCACUGGAUGGGAGUUUAUCUUUACCAGACCUCCACACAAUCCAUACCCUGAAUACUAUGAACCUAGAGGAGCUAAAACUAAAACAAUCAGAUCUGUGCAAGUCUCUGAUGGAGGAGAGUACAAGUGCAGAGCCAGAAAAAGAGAAAACCAUCAGAUUUACACACAAUACAGUGAACCAAUAACAGUGACAGUACAGGAAAGACCAACAGCUCAAGUGUCUGUUUGGACUGCUGAUCAUGUAUUCAGAGGAGAAACUGUCAAUCUCACAUGUGUCAUCAAUGGAGGAGGAGUCAGCAGCUGGCAGUACAGCUGGCAUAAAGAUUCAAUCAUCCAGCAGAAUAAACUCCAGUAUUACACAAUCAGAUCUGUUACUGAGUCUGACGCAGGUAACUACACCUGUAGAGGAACAGAGAUCAGUGGAUCACGAUACUCACACAUCAGUAAUGAAGUUACACUGACAGUAUCAGAUAAACCACAGACAGUUUUAAGUGUUUCUCCACAGCAGUGGUUGACUGAAGGAGAUUCAGUGACUCUGAUGUGUGAGGUUAUAAAUUCAUCUACAGGCUGGACAUUCAGCUGGUUCACUGUACAGAGUCUUUACUCAGAUGUUGAUUAUGAGCUGGUGUCAAACAGCAGUGGAGGAUCUAAAGGCAUCUACACAGUGAGUUCAGUGACUGUGAAGCACACAGGAGUUUAUAUGUGCAGAGCAGAGAGAGGAGAUCCAGUCUAUCACACAGAGUACAGUAACACACAAACACUGUGGAUCACUGGUGUUUCUCCUUCAGUCUCUCUGAUCAUCAGACCCAACAGAUCUCAACACUUCUCAUCUGAAUCUCUCUCUCUGAGCUGUGAGGAUCACAGUAACUCUACUGGAUGGACAUUGGAAAGAUACACAGAAGAUAAACUGAAUUCAUCAUCAUCAAGCUGGAGAUCUACAGGAACAACAUCUACAUGUACAAUCAGAUCUCUCAUCACAUCUGAUACUGGAGUGUACUGGUGUCAGUCUGAAUCUGGAGAGAAACUUCAUCCUGUUAAUAUCUCAGUACACAAUGUUGAUGUGAUUCUGGACAGUCCUGUUCAUCCUGUGACUGAAGGACAAAAUCUGACUCUGUGCUGUUUAUAUCGAGAUAAAAACCCCUCUAACCUGAGAGCUGAAUUUUAUAAAGAUGGAUCAGUGGUGCAGAAUCAGACUACAGGAGACAUGAUGAUCAUCCCUACAGUCUCAAAGUCACAUGAGGGUUUCUACUACUGUAAACACCCCGAGAGAGGAGAGUCUCCAAAGACCUGGAUCUCAGUCAGAGCCUCGAGUUUUCUGUCUCCUGGUUUGAUAAUUGGAGUGGGUGCUGGACUUUGUGUCAUGUUUUUGAUCUUUUUGGUCAUCCUGGUGAUCUACAAAAACAGAAAAGGUUUGAACUCUCUGUCAUCCUCAGCUGUCAGUCAGAACAUCAGUCAAACAUCAGAUCAGAAACAAAGUGAAGACGAUCCACUGCAGUCUGGAGAUGCUCAUAUUUAUGACUCUGUUGAUUCAACAAAUAAUAAAGACACAAGCGCAGUGUCUCAGGCCGGACCCAGUGAUGUCCUUUAUUCACAGGUCAGCUUCAAGAAAAAUCUCAAGAAGAAAGACAAUGAAAGUGAAGACGCUGAUGUUACUUAUGCUGAUAUUGAACUGAAACCUAAGAAAGAAAUGAAGAAAAAUAAAGAAAAGAAAGGGAGUACCAGUGAAGGUGGUGAUGCUCUCUACGCUCAAGUGAACAAGAAAAAUGGUAAAGUUGCUUCUGGAUCUGAUGAUGUGACUUAUGCUCAGAUUAAAUUGAAGCCCAUAUGAAUAAAAGAAAGCAAUACAUUUACUAAUAUUUAAUAUCAUCAGUACAAACCUUCAUGUGCUUCAGAGAAAAAGCUUGCAAAUCUUUGAUUCUCUAAUAGCAUCAAACUUUAAAACUGUAAAAAAGCAGGAUAUACUGCACAAUGAAUGGAAAUAUUAGGGUUAUGAGAGUUAUCUUUUUAUAUGUCGACUUGAUCUUUAUUUGUUUGAUGGGUGAUAUUCGUAUGGUAGCUAGUUAGUUACAGCCAUAACAUUCGUUCUCAUCAUAUCUACUGAAGUGUCAUAUGACACAGUAACAAUCAUCUAAACCUGAAGAGUAAAAAACAUAUUUUUUAUUAUUAUGUCUUGGUUUGAAAAGUUUAAAGAAAACAUUACUUUAUAUGUCAGGUUGCUUAUUAUUAUACUUAAUGUUGUAUGAAUAAUGUAAUACUUUAGACGGAGUGAGGCCUGAGGGUCUUCUUUUGAAUAGUGAUUACAUUUGACAUACUACACUCACCCAAAGGAUAUUAGGAACACCUGUUCAAUUUCUCAUUAAUGCAAUUAUCUAAUCAACAAAUCACAUGGAAGCAAAAAUGCCUUGUUGAUGCUAGAGGUCAGAGGAGAAUGGGCCGACUGAUUCAAGCUGAUAGAAUCAGCAACUUUAUAGAUAGAUAUAUGAUAGAUAGCAACUUUGACUGAAAUAACCACUCAUUACUGUCGAGGUAUGCAGCAAAGCAUUUGUGAAGCCACAACACGCACAACCUUUUGGCGGAUGGGCUACAACAGCAGAAGACCCCACUGGGUACCACUCAUCUUCACUACAAAUAGGAAAAAGAGGCUACAAUUUGCACGAGCUCACCAAAAUUGGACAGUUGAAGACUGGAAAAAUGUUGCCUGGUCUGAUGAGUCUCGAUUUCUGAUGAGACAUUCAGAUGGUAGAGUCAGAAUUUGGCGUAAACAGAAUGAGAACAUGGAUCCAUCAUGCCUUGUUACCACUGUGCAGGCUGCUGGUGGUGGUGUAAUGGUGUGGGGGAUGUUUUCUUGACACACUUUAGGCCCCCAAUUGGGCAUCGUUUAAAUGCCACAGCCUACCUGAGCAUUCUUUCUGACCAUGUCCAUCCCUUUAUGACCACGAAGUACCCAUCCUCUGAUGGCUACUUCCAGCAGGAUUAUGCACCAUGUCACAAAGCUCGAAUCAUUUCAAAUUGGUUUUUUAAACAUGACAAUGAGUUCACUGUACUAAAAUGGCCCCCACAGUGCCAAGAUCUCAACCCAAUAGAUCAUCUUUGGGAUUUGGUGGAACGGGAGCUUCGUGCCCUGGAUGUGCAUCCCACAAAUCUCCAUCAACUGCAAGAUGCUAUCCUAUCAAUAUGGGCCAACAUUUUAUAAAGAAUGCUUUCAGCACCUUGUUGAAUCAAUGCCAUGUAGAAUUAAGGCAGUUCUGAAGGCGAAAGGGGGUCAAACACAGUAUUAGUAGGGUGUUCCUAAUAAUCCUUUAGGUGAGUGUAUGUCAGGUUGCUCAUUUAUAUUUUGUUAAUGUUGUAGGAAUAAUGUUAUACUUUAGACAGAGUGAGGCCUUGAGUUAGUCUGAGGGUCUUUUCUAGUCAUCUUCUUCUGUAUAGUGAUUAUAUUGACAUAUUAUAUAUUACUGAUGUUUUUUUACUUUAUGCAAUAGUUAAGUGAAGUGUUUUGUGAAGAUUAAACCACUAUGAUUAUGUUAUUAGUUCUGUCUUCUUGCCUAAUUAUGAACAAAUGUUUUUUAUAUACUGUUAUAAGUUAAGAUGUGUUAUGCUAGAGGUUGCAGUUGUGUUAUGUAGAAAUCUAUGCAAAUCUUUUUAUUCAAGUUAUAGGUUAUCUGAUGUUUGCUGUAUUUCAAGUAUUCAUGUUACAGUUCUCUAUAUUCUGAUGCUCAUGGUCAUUCUCAC